UUAAUGGGGCGCCCGUUAGUAGGUAGAUGUAGCGGCGCGACGGGCCGCGGAUAGGCAGGUCCUGAGUUCAUUUGCUCUAGUUGGGCAACACUCGAAUUUAUACCACAAUUUCUGUGCAAUGUCCCGACUCUAGAUUAGAAUAGGAAAAGAGCAGUUAGAGUAUGAGAAGACAAAAUGUACAUACAGUAAAUAUGUUUCAUAGUAUCUUUACCACUAUUUUUCUAGAUAUAAAAAAGUACUACCAACCCAAAGUUCGUUACGGUGAAUACUUGCAACAAAUGUAUGUGCCAUUCUAUAGCAGCACUCCUUCGACCUCAAAAAAAAAAGGGAAACCGUCACCCCUAGGAUAUAAGUUUAGAGUAAGGAGUAAGGAGAGCUACGAAAAAUUGUGUAAAGAUCAUGCUUUCAUGAUUAAAAGGAAAGAAAGAAACAAAAAAGAAAAACAAACUGAGAGAGUAUGUACUUACAAAUUUUGGGAACCCCCAAAUGCACUACGUAAUAGUGAUGCGAAGAAUGCAGCAAUAGCUAUUAAACAACGAAUGAUCAGACAAAAAGCUAAAGUUAAACAUAAAUCACUUUACAAAAAUAUACAAUACCAUGUCGGAGGCGUUUCAUUUAGUGGAGGAACACCCGUUUAUUUAUUAAAUAAUGUGGCCUUAUUACCCACCGGGUAUAUGCUAAUUCACGGCGGCAUAGUCUACUAUAACGGUGAAAAUAUAACUUGCAUACAAGGUUUUUGGAAAUAUCCCAGAGAAGUAAAAGUACAAUGCGAAGAAACUUGCGACUGCGUUUCUAAAUGGGAAAAUGUGAUCAUGGGAUAUUUAAAAGAAUCAAAGUGUAAAUGCGGUCACUUGUAUGAUUAUUAUAAUGAAGGCAAAGUGAAAGAAAAGUUCUUUCAUCCCCCAACGAAAAGUGGAACGUUUUGGAUGGAUAAUGCCAAAGUUUUCCAAUCUGACCCGAUGGAAGAUUUUAUAAAAGACAGCAUCAGAGACGCGUUAAUGUCGGUGGAACCUACACCUGAACCGUCAAUACCUACCAUACUGCCAUCUUCGUUAAGUGAAAAGGACCUAUUAGCGGCACUGCUGGCGGAUCUGUCCGAUACACCUUUACUCAUUCCUCACUUGCCAGAAUCCGAACGACUGAACAAUCUUCAAGAAUGGGUUAGGAAACGCGUAAAUGGCAAGAUAAAUCCUAAAGACCAUAAAAAAUUGAUUUUAAAAUCCCAGCGUCGGUGGCUUGACCUUAAGCAUAUGGACUUUAGAGCGAGAGCUUUUAGGAUACCAUUCACACUGAAGCAACUGGAACAUAUGAAUUGGUCUUACAGAUUAGAAGUACAAAAAUUAUUUUACAUAUUAUUAAAUAACUUUGUCUCAAGAAAUAGGCUGAAGCAAGUGGAGCAAUCCCGUUUAUGGUGGUCUACAACUAAAUACGAUACAUAUCCCAGCAAAGCAUUUUUAGAUAUCUUUUUUACGUACAUGCCACCCAGAAUGAAGGAUACUUUCUUAAUAAACCCAUAUAGUUCUGAACUCACUCCUAAGUAUGGUGCUAAGACUUGUCCAUUGUAACGUUAAGUAAUGAUUGUAAAUUGUAUAAUGUCAGCUUUUUUUCGUUAGAAAUUGUGUGUAGGUACUUUUAUGUAAUUUUAAACACAAAUAUACUGUCCUUUUGUUUUUUGUAUCCAUGUUGUAAAGUAAAAUGAUUCAGUUAGUUAUUACUAAUUAAUUUGUGUUAAGAGCUAAUUAAUUUAUAAUGUAUUUCAUUUUAAUAAAAAACAAAUGUGACAUA